AUGGCCUCGGAGUCGGUGAAGGUGGUGGUGCGCUGCCGCCCCAUGAACCAGCGGGAGCGGGAGCUGAACUGCCAGUCUGUGGUGACGGUGGACUCCGCGCGCGGCCAGUGCUUCAUCCAGAACCCGGGCGCCGCCGACGAGCCGCCCAAGCAGUUCACCUUCGACGGCGCCUACUACAUGGACCACUUCACCGAGCAGAUCUACAACGAGAUCGCCUACCCGCUGGUGGAGGGUGUCACUGAGGGCUACAAAAAAAAAAUCUUCGCUUACGGCCAGACGGGCAGCGGGAAGUCCAAAAAAAAGCAGGGCCUGCCGGACCCAUCUUCCCAGAGAGGCAUCAUCCCCAGGGCCUUCGAGCACGUUUUCGAGAGUGUCCAGUGUGCAGAGAAUACCAAGUUCCUGGUCCGGGCCUAAAAAAAAGAGAUCUACAAUGAAGAUGUCCGUGACCUUCUGGGGAAAAAAAACAAGCAGAAGCUGGAGCUGAAGGAGCACCAAAAAAAAGGGGUGUAUGUGAAGGGGCUCUCCAUGCACACGGUGAAAAAAAAGACCCAGUGUGAGCACAUCAUGGAGACGGGCUGGAAAAAAAAAACAGUAGGCUACACGCUGAUGAACAAGGACUCCUCCCGCUCCCACUCCAUCUUCACCAUCAGCAUCGAGAUCUACGCUGUAGAUGAGCGGGGCAAGGACCAUCUCCGUGCUGGCAAGCUGAAUCUGGUGGACCUGGCGGGCAGCGAGCGGCAGUCCAAGACGGGUGCCACAGGGGAGCGGCUCAAGGAGGCCACCAAGAUCAACCUGUCGCUGUCGGCCCUGGGCAACGUCAUCUCGGCCCUGGUGGACGGGCGCUGUAAACACAUCCCCUACCGGGACUCGAAGCUGACGCGGCUGCUGCAGGACUCGCUGGGUGGCAACACAAAGACACUGAUGGUGGCCUGCCUGUCACCCGCAGACAACAACUAUGACGAGACGCUCAGCACACUGCGCUAUGCCAACCGGGCCAAGAACAUCAAGAACAAGCCACGCAUCAAUGAGGACCCCAAGGAUGCCCUCCUGCGCGAGUACCAGGAGGAAAUCAAGAAGCUGAAGGCGAUCCUGGCCCAGCAGAUGAGCCCCAGCAACCUGUCAGCCCUGCUGUCCAGUCAGGCCCCCCUAAACCCUGUCCAGAUUGAGGAGAAGCUGGUGCCCCCACCUGUGAUCCAGUCUGACACAGAGGUGGAGAAGCAGCUGAUCCGGGAGGAGUACGAGCAGCGCCUGGCCCGGCUGAGGGCCGACUAUGAGGCGGAGCAGGAGUCCAGGGCCCGGCUGGAGGAGGACAUCACUGCCAUGCGCAACUCCUACGACGUGAAGCUGUCCACGCUGGAGGAGAAUCUGCGAAAGGAGACAGAGGCUGUCCUCAAGGCAGAGGUCCUCAAGGCGCAGGGCACAUCCAGGGCCGAGUUUGCCAACAGGUCUGAGUGCUCCCCCACGUUCCACUCCGAGAUGGCCGUGACACCCGGGAUCCACUCCAUGCCGCACACCCUGCCCGGCGGGGAUGUCUCCAAGACUGAGCUUUCUCCUGCGUUCGAGAUGCUGCCUGUGGCGGAGACUUCCAAGUCUGAGGUGUCUCUGGGGUCUGAUGAGUCUUCCACGCUCGAGGAAACCUCCAUGUCCGAGGCCUGCCCAGGGCCCCAGGAGCCUUCCGACGUGGAGUUCUCCGUGCCCGAGGCGGAGGCCCAGAGCAGCUACCUCCCAGAGCCGCACCUCAGCCUGGAGGCCACGGAAGCCCUGCCGCAGGCCGGACCCGUCCAGCUGGCAGCCCUGGGUCUGUUGCCCAGCCUGCAUGACCCGUUUGCUGAGGUGGAAGCCAAGCUGGCCAGGCUCUCCUCCGCAGUGGCCGGGGCCGAGGCGCUCCAGGCUGGCGCACCCAGGCUCUGCACACAGCGCCCCUCCCUGACGGAUCUGCUGGGACCUGGUGUCCUUAGGGCUGAAGCUGAGACAGCUGACUGCCUCCUGCCCAGGGCUGAGGUUGACCAGGGCCCAGAAGUGGCCGAGGAGGUGGUGUUGGCAGCAGAACCUGGCGUAGGGGCCAAGGCUGAGGCCCAGGUGUCCUUGGAGGCUCAGCCUCAGCCCUUGCUGGCCACGACCAGCGUGAGAAGAGACAGUGUGGGCGUGGAGGUGGUGGUGCUGACUGACGACCUGCUGCCUGUCGUGGACCAGCAGCAGGUGCUUGCCCGUUUGCAGCUGUUGGAGCAGCAGGUGGUGGGGGGGGAGCAGGCCAAGAACAAGGACCUGAAGGAGAAGCACAAGCGGCGGAAGCGGUACGCGGAUGAGCGCAAGAAGCAGCUGGUGGCAGCCCUGCAGAACUCCGACGAGGACGGCGGCGACUGGGUGCUGCUCAACGUCUACGACUCCAUCCAGGAGGAGGUGCGGGCCAAGAGCAAGCUGCUGGAGAAGAUGCAGAGGAAGCUGCGGGCAGCAGAGGUGGAGAUCAAAGACCUGCAGUCGGAGUUCCAGCUGGAGAAGAUCGAUUACUUGGCCACCAUCCGCAGGCAGGAGCGGGACUCCAUGCUCUUCCAGCAGCUCCUGGAGCAGGUGCAGCCCCUCAUCCGCCGGGACUGUAACUACAGCAACCUGGAGAAGAUAAGGCGCGAGGCCUGCUGGGACGAGGACAAUGGCUUCUGGAAGAUCCCCGAGCCCAUCAUCAUAAAAACCAGCCUCCCAGUAGCAGUUCCAACGGGGCCACAGAACAAAGUAGUCCGCAAAAACUCUGCAGCAGACAACGGUGAACCAGGCACGGAAGAAGACCGCUACAAGCUGAUGCUCAGUCGGAGCGACAGUGAAAACAUUGCCAGUAACUACUUCCGGUCCAAGCGAGCCAGCCAGAUCCUCAGCACGGAUCCCAUGAAGAGCCUCACGCAUCACAGCUCGCCCCCCGGCCUCAGCUCCCCACUCAGCAACACCUCUGCCAUCUCGCCUACCCAGGCCCCCGAAAUGCCCCAGCCCCGGCCCUUCCGCCUCGAGUCCCUUGACAUCCCCUUCACCAAGGCCAAGCGAAAGAAAAGCAAAAGCAGCUUUGGCAGUGAGCCUCUGUGAACGCGGCCUCCUGCGGCUGUCCUGCCCCGGGGCUUCCGUGAGACUGCCAGCCCCCCCCUGCCCCCCAGGGCAGCCCCAGCCAGUCCUCCUCACCCCUGCCCCUAUGGUGUCUGGAUGCCCGAGGGGGUCCUUGCCCUGGAAAGAGCCUUUCCCUUCCCUGUUACC